UGUGUCGUCAUGUCAUACCUACAGUGGCUUCAAGAUAGUGAUUAUAAUUCCGACUGUAACCUGUGCGAUACUCCACUGACAGAUGAGGACACCAUCCGGUUAGUUUGUUAUGAUAUUUUUCACUGGUCCUGCCUGAACAAGAUGGCUGCUCAGUUACCGAAGAACACGGCCCCAGCUGGUUACCAGUGCCCCAUGUGUAAGGGGCCGAUCUUUCCCCCGGCUAAUACCGUCAGCCCGGUGGCCAACGUGCUCAAGGAGAAGCUGUCCACGGUCAACUGGGCGCGCGUCGGGCUCGGCCUCCCGCUGAUCGAUGAGAUCCAACCUCUCCAUGACCAGGAGUCACUUGACAGCACAGACUACGCUGACUGGUCAGUCCUGCCGGAUCCCAGCUCGGACGAGGCCUCCCAGCAGCACCCGCCGAGCACGGUCUACUCCCCCCGGCAGGGGUAUGGCACAGAGCUGAACAACGGCGCCGCGAAGGAGGGCCCUUCCAUGGUCAGCGUGAUACCGGACAACGAAUCCAUCACCCUGACGACCGGAAGCUCUCUGGCAUCCUCGCCCCGAAAGGUCUACGACAGCAUCACGCGGGAAGCGACAAAACUGAGCGAGACCCGCAUCGAUUUUGACGACGACAAGUACAGGCGGAGGCCGGCGCUCAGCUGGUUCGCACGGUGGUUCAAGAACGCCAGUGGAGCGAGGAAGCCACCCCUCUCCCGGUUCCAGCGCUUCGUGGUGGUCCUGCUGAUCGGAAUCCUGGGCUUCGUCACGCUGCUCGUCGUCAUGUCGAAGCUCGGCAGGGCGUCCGUGGAGAACGACCCGAACUGGGACCUGAUGCAGAACCCCCACGUGCAAGUGGGGGCCGAGUAGUGGGGGCUGGGAUGGCGGGGCGGGGGUGCGGUGGUGUAGGAGUAGGGACGGACAAGAGUGGCAGCGUGGGAGUUGGGGUUGGUGGAAGCGUAGAGGGACUCCCUGUCAUGCCUCCUCUGUCCCCUGUGGCCCGGAUCCAUAGGUUGGCAAUUCCGGGCAGGUGGUGCAUCCAGGUCGACGGGGCCUUAUGCCUCAGGAACCCCCCCCCCCUCCCGUCUUCGAACACCCCCCGACCCGCCUCAGCCUCUCAUUUCGCUGAGUCCAAGCUCCUCCCUCGGGCGACUACCCACCCUCUCCCCUCCGUCUCGCUUCUCUGGGAUAACCGCACCACCCCUACUGCC